AAGCAUCAACUGACAACAUGGAGACUCCCUAUCAGAACCACAUUGACAAGGCUGACUUUGAUCAUGUGUAUGAGCCAGCAGAAGACAGCUUUCUACUCAUAGAUGCUUUAGAGAAGGACCUAGAAUAUUUAAAGAAGAAAAACCCCACUUUUUGCUUAGAAGUAGGGUCUGGAAGUGGUGUAGUUAUAACAGCUUUUGGUAUGGCCUUCCCACAAACAUUUUGUUUGAGCACUGAUAUUAAUUUCAAGGCUUGUGUGAUGUCCAAGCAAACUGCUGCUUACAACAAAGUUAAGUUAGAUACAUGCAACAUGGACUUGACUAGUUCCUUUACUGAUAAUGUGUUCGAUGUUAUCAUUUUCAAUCCACCGUAUGUGGUUACUGAGAGUGAGGAGUGUGGAGGAUGUGACAUUACGGCUAGUUGGGCUGGGGGUACAAAAGGACGUGAAAUUACCGACAGAUUAAUUAACAUGAUACCAAAGAAACUAGCCAAUAAUGGAGUCUUCUACCUGCUGCUUAUUGAAGAAAACAUUCCUGAUGAAGUUGUUCAAAUAAUGUCUGGUUAUGGAUAUAAAUCUGAAGUUGUUUUAAAGAGGAAGGUUCGAAAUGAACAACAAUUAGUUUUUAAGUUUUUUCGAUAAUGUUGAUAUUCCUGUUAUGCAAUAUUUGUUCUUUAAACAGCUUUUUGGCCUGGUUCCCAUGAGAUUGGCUCUAUAAAGCUAGUUUGGCUCCAGCUGUCACAUGAGGGUUGUAGGAUGUUUACUCCUGUCACUCAAUCAUUUCUUAGUACAAUACUACAAUACCUGUGAACUAAAUAAUAGCUAGCUCAUAGAACUUCAAUCAAAC